AUGACCAUGAGCUCGUUUUUGAUAAACUCCAACUACAUCGAGCCCAAGUUCCCUCCCUUCGAGGAGUACGCGCAGCACAGCGGCCCGGGCGGCGGAGACGGCGGCCCGGGCGGGGGCCCCGGCUACCAGCAGCCCCCAGCGCCCGCGGCCCAGCACCUGCCACCGCAGCAGCCCCAGCUUCCCCACGCGGGCGGCAGCCGAGAGCCCCCCGCCUCCUACUACGCGCCGCGGGCUGCCCGCGAACCCUCCUACCCCACGGCCGCGCUCUACCCCGCGCACGGUGCCGCCGACGCCGCCUACCCCUAUGGCUAUCGCGGCGGCGCCAGCCCCGGGCAGCCGCCGCAGCCCGAGCAGCCCGCGGCGCACGCCAAGGGUCCGGCGCACGGCCUGCACGCGAGCCAUGUUUUGCCGCCCGGGCGGCAGCCCCCGCCGCCGCCUCCCCCGCAGCAUCGAGCGGCGCCCCCCGCGCCCCCGCGGCUCUGCGAGGCGGCUCCCGCCACCCCGGGCAUUCCGGCAAGGGCCAGCGCCCCCGCGUGCCCGCUGCUCCUGGCCGACAAGAGCCCACCGGGCCUGAAGGGCAAGGAGCCCGUGGUGUACCCCUGGAUGAAGAAGAUCCAUGUCAGCGCCGUCAACCCCAGUUAUAACGGAGGGGAGCCCAAGCGCUCUCGAACCGCCUACACCCGACAGCAGGUCUUGGAGCUGGAGAAGGAGUUCCACUUUAACCGCUACCUGACCCGGCGGCGCCGCAUCGAGAUCGCCCACACGCUCUGCUUGUCGGAGCGCCAGGUCAAGAUCUGGUUUCAGAACCGGAGGAUGAAGUGGAAGAAAGACCACAAACUGCCCAACACUAAGAUGAGAUCCUCCAACUCGGCCUCGGCCUCAGCAGGCCCGCCAGGGAAAGCACAAACUCAGAGCCCGCACCCGCAUCCCCACCCUCACCAGGGCACCUCCACACCCAUUCCCUCCUCCAUAUAAUCUUCUAGAGAUCUAGACCAGUUUCUUUCCCUCACCUGCUUUUCUCUCUUCUGAACCUUUUGCCUUCACCCCUCCCUGGUCUGGAGCAUAACAGACCCCAAAACAAAACCCAACUUGAU